UUGUGUGCUGCAGUUGCUGUCAUGGGCUUGCCAACGAAAAUAAAGACGGACAACGGUCCGGCCUACAGUAGCGCUCGUCUUCACAGGUUCCUAUCGCUGUGGGGAAUCCAACAUAGCACAGGCAUCUCUCACUCUCCUACCGGUCAAGCUAUUGUAGAGAGGGCAAAUGGUACUCUGAAGCGCUAUCUGAAAAGGUUCUCUGAUGUACCUGAGCCAGCAACCAGGCUGGCUAAAGCGCUGUUUGUGUUAAACCAUCUGUGCAUCUUUGGCUCUGAUCAAGUGUCGCCUGUGCAGCUACAUGGUGGGAAGGUAGUUAGAGAAAGGUCUAUCGAAGUCUGGGUGCGCUACCGAGACCCGAAAUCCGGUAUCUGGCCAGGUCCAGCUAAAGUGUUGUUCUGGGGACGUGGUUACGUAUGUGUGUCUACCCCUACAGGCUCCCUCUGGGUUCCAGCCCGAUGGAUCCGACCGGACCUUCGGAACAAUCAUGACUCCGUUUCUAAGGACGGUGCUGACAUCCCUGCUAGUGACAAGCGCACGGACGCUCUGGAUGCCUCCGCAGCCUAAGCAGAAUGUCUGGGUAACAAUCGCUAAUCAGACGGGCCAGGAGGUUUUGUGCCUUGCUAUGUCUUCUCCAAGUAACCCAUUUUCUACGUGUUUGCUCGGAAUACCCUUAGAAUCUUUGCCUUGUCCCCCGUCAGCCCUCCCCUGUAACAGCACACACCCGCGAUCGUACGCUGAUGGGUGGGAUUCAUUUCUACCGUAUUUCCCACCCGCCGAUUUGGAGCCUCAGGAGCGAGAAUUAUUAGGGUCUAUACGGGCCGACUGGUGCAUCUUUUUGAAUUGGAACAGUAUUGCAACAGCCAGCCCCGCCAACCAUCCUGUGGUCGUCAACUCCUCUCUCUCUGCUCAUCGAAAUGCAUCUGCCUGGUGCCACUAUACUAGUCCUAACAUAUCAAGAUGGUCAAACUCACCCAUCCAGCUUCCGCCGGGGAUAUUCUUGAUUUGGGGCGACCGAGCGUGGCCUAGUGUAGCAUCCAGAUUGAGGGCUGGGCCUUGUACCUUAGGUCGAUUGUCACCGUUGGCCCCCACUACGUCAGUGCUGUUACAACACCGUCAGCCUAGAAGGCACAAGCGUAUGGCUCAUGCCUUCACUAAAGAAUGCGACUCAAACGCUGACUUUUGGAAUUUUGAACACAGGUUCUUUUCUUCUCUAUCAGCUCCUGGGGUAGCCAGCGCCAAAGCUCUAUCUACCCUUCACAAACUGGGCUGCUGGCUCGCUAAGCAAACUAACGCUACAUCACUUGCUAUUAGUAAUCUUUUAUUAGAUGUAGACUCGGUCCGCCAUGCCACUUGUCAAGAUCGCGCCGCCAUCGAUUUUCUGCUACUUGUGCAUGGGCAUGGGUGUGAGGAUCUCGAAGGUAUGUGCUGUAUGAACUUGUCUGAUCACUCGCAAUCUAUUCCUAAGCAACUGUCUGUUUUACAAGGGCUGACUUCUGGCCUACGAGAAGAAGAAGGUCUGGGGCUGGAUCAGUGGCUGAAAAGUCUUGGUUUAGGCCCCUGGGUGCGCGAUAGAAGUAAAUAUUUGUUGGUCCUCCUGGGAUUUGUGUUCUUGGUUAUGAUAUCCGUGCCUUGCUGUCUUACCUGUCUGCAAAGCUUCAUUACUCGCAUGACAUCUAGAGCCUUUUGCGCCAAUCUGCUAGCCCUAAAAGAGGAAGGGGGAAGUGUGGAGAGCAUUGCUGAAAGCUGGCUUGCAGAAAAGGGUCAUGUUGACACAAUCCCGCUGAUAAGACUGAAAUAACUAGGCAGAAA